AUGGAGCCCGCUGUGAUUCUCCAACUGUGUUACCGCAAGUUUGUUGACGGUUGCCACAUUCUGCACCAUAAUCAAGUUCUCGAUGCUUACGGUCACCUGUCGUUCCGACACCCUAUUCACAGCGAUGUCUUUAUUAUGUCACGCUCCGUACCUCCCGGGGUAGUGUCCUCUCCAGCAGACUUGAUAGAGUACAGAGUGGACGACGCGGAGCCAGUCGAAGAAACAUCCCUCAAAGGAUAUGAAGAACGAAGGAUCCAUUCAGAGAUCUAUAAACGCCACCCAAAUAUCCACGCUGUUGUACAUAGCCACUCAGAGGAAGUGGUUCCCUAUGCUAUCUCAGGCAUCCCACUAAAAGCUUGCUAUCACAUGGCGGCUUUCCUCGGAUCCCAGGGUGCUGCAGUCUUUGAUAUCGCCAAACACCGAGAUCCUACGCAAGAGGCGGAUAUGCUCGUUCGAAAUGAGCAAACUGGAGAAGCUCUAGCAAAAACAUUCGACAACGGCAACAAUGUUACACUUAUGCGAGGCCAUGGUUUCACAGUAGUAGCGGACAGUAUAGAACUUGCUGUCGUAUGGGCCACCUACACACAGAAGAACGCAACAAUCCAGACAACUGCCACUGCAAUACAGGCCACAAAUAGGACAAACAUGGCCUUGACAUACUUGAGCGAUGAAGAAUGUUCGUUGGCGCAGGCGAUGUCGAAGAGGACUUGUGAGCGUCCUUGGAAGCUAUGGACCCGAGAGGUUGAAUCGUGUGGGCUUUAUGUAAAUAGUGUAUAA